AUGGCAAUAUCAGAUCAGCUUCAAGACUCCAACUUAUUCAGACCAAUCAAAGUAGGUGACAUCGAGCUUCGUCAUCGAGUAGUCCAUGCUCCAACUUCAAGGUCAAGAAACUGCCCCAAAACAUAUAGACCUACCGAUAUCAUCGUUGACUACUACAAUGCUAGGUCUAAAUAUCCAGGCACACUCACCAACUAUGAAGCUUGCAUGGUAUCCCCAAGAGCCAGACUACAUCCCUAUAACGCCGGUCUUUGGUCUCAGGAACAAUACGUUGGAUUUAAACAAAUAACUGAUACGAUUCAUAGGAAUGGAAGCUAUGUUUCAUGCCAAACAUUUGAACCAGGACGGGCGUCAAAUAUUCAGCUUGUAAAAGAAGUGGAGAUCCCCUAUACAUCCCCACCGGCAGUUUACCCAUCUCAAGCCCAUCAGGAUAUGUCACUAGAGCUGAAUUAUCCGUUGACCGAAAUGUCAGUUCAACAAAUACACCAAGCGCAGGAUGAUUUUGUGAAUGCGGCGGCGAAUUGUAUUACGAUGUGUGGUUUUGAUUUCGUUGAAUUACAUGGCACAAGUGGAUUCCUUAUUGAGCAAUUUAUAUCCCCCUGUCCAACAAUCGAACAGAUGAAAAUGGAACGUCGGAAAAUGGAAGGUAAUGAAAUCGCAUAUAUCUCAAUCACAGAACCUCGAGUUUCUGGUUCUAAUGAUGUUGAUUCAACCGGUAAGUCAAAUGAUGUUUUGCUUUCUCUUUGGUCCGGUGUUCUCAUUAGAUCAGGAGCUUAUGCUACAAACUAUAAGGUAGACCCAUUUGCAAUAAAGUCAAAUGCAAUGAACUUAAGGAUCAUAGAUGGGGUAAUACAGCAUUAUGAGCAUUUAUUAAAAGAUGUUGACAGGGAUGAUAGGACCAUGAUUGGGUUCUGCCGAGCGUUUACGUCAAACCCUGAUUUAGCGAAUAGACUAGAGCAUGGAUUUAAGUCGAGUCCCUAUGAGCGCUCUCAUUUUUAUACUCAUCAAGUCGAAGGAUUUUUGACAAAUUGUAAAAAGAUUUUAAAUACAGCCUCUAUCCAUUCUUCUUCAUUUCAUAAACUUAAAACUUUGAAUAGACACUACUUUCUUAAAAUGACAAUCUCCAAUGAACUUCGUGACUCAAAUUUAUUCAGACCUAUCAAAGUAGGGAAUAUAGAGUUAAAUCAUCGUGUAGUGCAUGCACCAACCACCAGAUCAAGAAACUGCCCUAAAACUUAUCAACCAACUGAUAUCAUAGCUGAGUACUAUGAGUCAAGAUCUAAAUAUCGAGGUUCCCUCAUCAUCUACGAAUCAUGUAUGGUAUCUCCAAGAUCGGGUCUAGUUCCAUACAAAGCUGGUCUCUGGUCUGACGAACAAUGUGCCGGAUUUAAACAAAUCACUGACGCAAUCCAUGCUAAUGGAAGUUAUGUCUCAUGUCAAAUUUUUGGCGCUGGUCGUGCGUCAAACAUUCAAGCUUUAAAGGAUGCUGGAAUUCCAUAUAUUGCCCCUUCAGCUGAAUAUCACUCCCAAGCUAAUAAAGAAAAGGCACAAGAAUUGGAAUACCCAUUGACCGAGUUGACUGUUGAACAAAUCCACCAACUUCAAGACGAUUUCAUAAAUGCCGCUGUAAAUUGCAUUACUAAAUGUGGAUUUGAUUUUAUUGAAUUACACGCUACAAGUGGAUUCCUUAUAGAACAAUUUUUAUCUCCUUUGUCUAACAAAAGAACUGACAAAUAUGGAGGUUCUGUUAGUAACAGGUGUAGAUUUCUUUUAGAGAUCCUUGAUAGAUGUAUUAGUCAUCCUGUCAUUGGACCUAAGAAAGUCGGGGUUAGAAUCUCAGCUUGGUCAUCUCAUAACGGAAUGGUGUACCCUGGUUAUGACAAUGAAUUUACCGAUGACUUCCCACCAUUGGAAUUCUGUAAAUUAAUAAUGAGAGAAAUCGAACAGAGGAAAUCAGAAGGGAAUGAAAUAGCGUAUAUCUCAAUCACAGAGGCUCGAGUCUCCGGAUCUGGUGAUGCUGAUCCAACUGGUAAAACAAAUGACGUUUUGCUUCCUUAUUGGUCAGGAGUUUUGAUUAGAACAGGAGGAUAUGCUACUAAUUACAAGGGUGAUCCGUUUGCAAUCAAGUCGAAUGCCAUGAAUUUAAGAAUAAGUAAUGGGACUGUGCAACAUUAUGAACAUUUAUUAAAAGAUGUUGACGCUGAUGAUAGAACUUUAAUUGGGUUUUCAAGACCAUUCACUUCGAAUCCUGAUUUGGUGCAUAGGUUAGAGAAGGGACUUAAGCUAAAUCCAUAUGAUAGAACUUAUUUCUAUAGCCAUCAAGUCCAAGGGUAUUUAACAUAUGGCGAAUAUGGUAACGAUGAAGAGAUUGAAUAUAUCGAGAUGUCGCAAGAAGAAAGUAGUAGGGAAGGAUCAGUUCUUGUCUGA